AUGUCAGGCAUUUGUCGUACCAGACUGCAAGAAGAAAGAAAGCAGUGGCGUAGAGACCACCCAUUUGGAUUCUAUGCACGUCCUGAAAAGGAAGCAGAUGGGUCGCUGAAUUUGCUUGUGUGGGAAGUUGGUAUCCCCGGAAAAGCCAACACACCGUGGGAAGGUGGUGUGUACAAAUUGAAGAUGUAUUUCCCCGAGGAGUACCCGUCCAAGCCACCCAAGUGCAAGUUUACCCCUCCUUUGUUCCAUCCCAACGUGUUUCCAUCCGGUACAGUAUGCCUAUCUAUCUUGGAUGAAGAAAAGAGCUGGAAGCCGGCUAUUACUAUCAAACAGAUCCUUCUGGGUAUUCAAGACCUACUCAAUGAUCCAAACCCCGGUGAUCCCGCUCAGGCAGACGCUUUCCAUCUCUUCAAACAAGACCGAGCAGCAUACGAGCGCCGCGUACGGCAGAUAGCGCGAGAGCUGGUAGCCCAAGGACAAGCUGGAUAG